AUCGCGACCGUUGGUGAGCCCGCUCUUUAGUCCGCCCCAGUGUCGGCGGAGAGCAGUGGUGGAGGAUCUUUUGCUGGGAGUGAUGGCGAUCGGUGAGUCGGGGAGCUGUCGGCGACUUAAUCACCAACAUUAUCAGCAUUGUCCUCAUCACUACCUCACGCCCCAUCUGGCGGCGGACUCUCAAGCGGUCACAAAUUUCAAAGUCCGGGCGCAAAUGCCCGUGUGUUCAUAAAAUGGCGGCGGAACCAGCACGGCGGUGUUAGUCGGUAUUCAGGGGCGGAGUGACCGGUGUAAAAUUCAUUCCUGAAGCUCGAUUUGGAUUUUGUGGAGCAUGAGUUGCGAAACUUUCCCCCACAGCGGGGUUUCAGCCGUCGCCGGUUCCUGCAGUGACGGCGGAACGAACGGACACCCUGCCCUGUAUUGGAAAUUCUGGGCCUGGGUCAGGCCCAGUUCGCUGCUCUUCUACCGACUUUCGGACGAGGCCGGCCCCCUCGGGUCGAUCCUUCGUAAGAUGCAAGGCGGCUUGGCCGAGGAGAGCCCCGUCGGAAAUCUGCCUGCCAUCAGUCAGUGGCUGACCGCCAUCCAGCACUGGAGUUCCGAGGCCCCGGGCGGCAGCGAGGUGGUCGAGGAGCCGCCACUCCCUCUACGCGACUCCAGGCCCUCAGCUCCUUGGUCUCAGAGCCUGUUGGGGAAGAUAUGUGGUAAGGUCUGGCCUGGGGUCCUGGAACCCCGCAGCUGGCACGACCCGGCCCGAAGGGCGGUGUGUUAUCCCCGGGAACCGAACAAGCAGGCGUUGGACUGGUGGACCCGUGACUAUCCAGCAUCUUCUCUACAACAGGAAAAUCCCCACCUCAGCAAUUGGGCACACGCUGACCUGCCCCUCUCCGCCGUCCAGAGAAUGGAGAAGCCCUCGGAACUUUACCGACCCUUCACUGUAGAACAGGACCAUGGUUAUUUCAGCCUGGAAGAGGAGCAAACUUGUCCCCAACAGCUCAAAUCAGACAAUGACAUCUCUCCACGACCCGAGGGUGCUAUGGAUCAUUCCUCUGAAGCCAAUGAUGGGAGGAAGAUAAAGGACACUUAUGUAGCAAAUGAAGAUGGAGUUUUAUUGCACCUUGUUGAUGUGGACUUGGCCACCUGCAAUCAUUUGGAAAUUGAGAAUAAGAUUAUAUCUUUGGGGGAUGAUGAUUGGGACAGUAGUGAUGAUACGGAGGGUGACUCUGAGGAAGAGGAAAUCAGCCUUUCCCUACCCAGACCUCAGUGCUCUAAUAAAACCAUAGCCUACAUUUUAGGAAGCCCAGACAGUGAUGAAGAUGAGGACAGCGAGGAUGACAGUGAUUGGGACAGUGAUGGAUUUGACAGUGAUGAAAGUUCCGAACUCUCAGACAGCAGUGUAGAUCUCCAGAAUCUUUUUCCUGAAUCCUCUGAUCCAUACAACCUUAUGAACUUUAAAGCUUUCAUUAAAACUCAGCGCAAGUUAGACACUAGAACUUCAUUUGAACCGAGUAAUCCCCAGCAAUCUGUGCCGUGCUUGCCCAUAAUAGAAAACCUUGAGGACAUAGACUCUGGGUUUUCUGAGACAAUUCAGGAUGAGCCACAUGUUGAAUUGCCUUUGCAAAGAAAAUGCUUCAAAAGGGUUACCUUUGAUGAACAUGUCACCGAAUACUAUGUAAGCAGUGAAGAGAUCCGUAAAGGUCCUUGGGAGGAAUAUGCUCGGGAUCGCUGCAGAUUCCAAAAGCGAAUCAGAGAAACUGAAGAAAGUAUUGGUUAUUGUUUUAAUCUUAAACACCGAUGGACUGUACUGAAACGAUUGCAGAUGUAGAGCUAGUACAGAUAGGAUUGAGAAAACAAAGCUCAUAUCCUUUGCUAGACAGAUUAAUCCUCAAAUUUAUUUGAAUCAUGCAAUAUCAUCUGACAGGAUGAUGGUUGGGUAUGAAAUAUCACAUUUGAGGCUACUGAGAAGCAUAAUCAAAGGAGUCCAAUUGUUUAGGCACUAUUGUGAGCUUUAGUUCUCUUAAUUGUUAUCGGUCUUAUGCCUUUAAUAGUUUUCACUUUUUUAAUGCUUGACUUUCUCUAUUUCUUUAUGCUUGGUUUCCCCAAUGCACAACAUGGCUUCUGUGUGAAAGUUGUAUAUGCUGCUAUUAGAUCAAUUUCUGUGCCCCAUUUGGAGACAGUUAUGGUUCAUGAAGAUUAACACAUAUUUGUUCAAUCAGUUAUCUAAUAUUGUGAUAGUAAUUUACUCCCUUUUUUUUUACUGAAAUCUGGAUUGAUGCAAAGACCUUGUAGAUGUGUUGACUAAGUCCUCUGUGAUUCACUUUAGACAAAAAGCAAAUGUGAAGUAUUUGGAAGAUGUAUUUUUAUUCAAUGUGGUGCUCAACUGCAAUGGGACUGGGGCACUUUUAUCAAAGCAGAGAAAGAUUAAGGGGAGAACAUGACUCAAUUUAUUUUAAAAUUCCAAAGCUCAGGUUGCAUCUGAGUUUCAUUCUGAAAAUCAUAAGUGUUUUAGGAAUAAUAUAGGGCAAAAUCUUAAAGGCUCUUAUCCAAUGUGUUUUUUUAAUAUUUGUUUCAUCACACAAGGAAGCUAUUUGUCCAGUCUUGGCUAACUCAAUUCCAGAGCUGUCAAGUGGGAUUUGAUUCAGGCCUGUGGAAUGGAACUGGAAUUUAUCCACUGCACCAUUCCAAAUAAUUUCUUUAAACUGAAUUUUUGGCAUUGACGUUACUGUUUUGGGUGAGAGUUUCUGAAGUGUAAAUCUUGAAAGGUUGGCCUUCACUGCUGCACUCCGAACGGUAGAGUAUUAUAAGCCAAGCAAAGGACCAGUGCACAUUUUUACCAACUAAUAUUCUUCAAAGCAGCACAGAAAUUACUUCUUUUAUUUUCGAGGUCAACUAAGAAAAAAGGUAAAUUCUUUAGAGAUUAAGUUUUUAAUUGUUUUGGCCUGUAAUACUCCUUUAGUCUUGUUAACUUUUAAAUUUAGACUGCACUCAGUUUCCUGGUAAGUCCUCCACUUAUUUUAUGAUACAUUCCACAUAAUAGCUAGAUUGCAGUAUAACAGAACACUGGAGUCACUUCAUUUUUCAGUUUGAUUAGAUGGCUAUUUAAUUUUAGUUCACAGCUAUUGAUAUGAAGGAAAUUGCGUGCAAUCAGCUAUCCCAUUUCUCCUCUCUCCCCCCCCCCCCCGCCAACUAUCUUUAUGGAUUUGUAACCUCUUAAGUAUGUCAGGAGAAAGGGAAGUUUUGAUUUAAAUAAGUUGUUGAAGCAAAUAGCUUGAAUUAUUAGAACCAAUUCUUUAAUUCUUUGUCAAUACCUAGAACUAUAGCUUUGAGACAACAACGUGAUUAGAUUUUUUUAUAUGGGCUUGUGUAUUUCAAUGUAUUACAAUUGAAUCAUUUACCUACUUGGUUCCAAUAGAAUGUACAGAAAGGAUUUCUCAUUGUUUUCUCUAAGCAGAAACCUUACCUCAGGAGGCGGCUAUUUGAGCUAUCACCCUUAAACCAAAUAUUUGAAAGAACAAUCUUUAACUUCUCCCACUCCCUUACUCUUUCACCUAAUUUCCCCUCCUCCCUUUUGAAAACUCUCAUUGCUUUCAGCCAGUUCAAUCCAUAUCAUUCUAACUAUUUGGCUAACAGAAAGUUUUCGCUAGUUUUAAUAACUUGGUGUAAAGAUUUGAUGUUGCCUGAUUAUGUAGGAGUGUGAGCUUAUAAAGGGAAUUGUGGAGUAAGGUGAGUUCUGCAGUCUGUGCUGCAGUUUUAGGUAGUUAUUAGUCACUCAAUCAACAGCUAAUUUGAUAUAGGGACACUAUGUAUUGCAGCAUUUGAGGGAAGAAAGUGCUACUGUUUCAGGUAAGGGGCCCAAUCAAAGAAAAGUGAUUUGUAACCUUUAUUUUUCUUCCCACUAAUGAUGCCUGAGUUUUUUUUUUCACUGUUGAAUAUUUUCAGAUUACUAUACUACCUACCCAACUGUAAUGCACUGUUGGUAACUAAUCAUAACAUCUUUCUGCUCAUGGGAUGUGAAAUCAAUAUUAUGCUCAAUUUUUUUUGUGAAAAUUAAGCACUAAUUUAUUCCAACUAUUUGGUUGCAUAUGUGCAACAACUGCCAUGUUUUAAAAUGUACAAGUCACAUUUAAAAUCACGUUUCAAUCCCUUUCUCAAGACUUCGUGAACGGAAAUGUAUUGGGUCACUUCCCAUUAUUUUAUUUUUAAAUAAUUGCUUAGGUAGAUCAUUGCUGAAACUAAGCUAUGUGUAAUUGAUAACAACCACUUUUCAACGAUCUUACUCGCAUGCUAAUAAUGAUUGAUGCUUUAAAUACUGCUUAGCUUCCAUUUCCAGCAAUAACUUGCAAACUUGGAGUCUAAAAAUCCAUCAAGCUUUUUAGCUUACUGAAGUGUUACAUUUCUCUCAAACUUAGCAGCACUUGUACAAUGAACUUGGGUAUUUAGGGUGUUGCUUUGUUAAUAGAGUAACACUGGUAAGCACUCCUUUACCCUGCAUCAGGGCACCUCUUCUGGUCGGAUGAUGAGUCUCUACUGGUGAAUCUGCUCACCUGAAAAGAAUGGUCACUCAGACUAAAGAAAGCAUAAGGAAAUGCUGACUGACCGUGUAUUAUCUGCUGCUGUUCGCAUUCCUCACUUGGUAAAUGUGCAACCCUACUCUCAGAAUUAUUUUUGAGGGAUUCUGGUGAGCAAUUGCAGCUGAACUCAGCAGGUGUUGGAAAUGGCAGUCAAAAUGGUCAGAAUUACCACAACACAAAUCCACUGUCAGCAUCUUUUUUUUCCCCCUUGCAUUCUGUAAUCCUCACCUUUGAUUAUCUAUGUCAGGUAUGGGAGUUCCUGAAGACCGAUUAGCAAGAGAUGCUAUUUUGCACCAUUUUCCCUCAGUUUGAGUUUUAAUUUACCAAGCAUCUAAUUAUUUUGUAAAUUUUUUGCAAAUGUGUAAAAUAUAUAAAGAACUAUAUUUUGCAUCGGAUUUAUUAAUUAUUGGUAAAUGGCUACAAAAUUAAUUUAUAAUUCCCAUCAAAUUCUAUUAGAAGAUGAAUUGCUAAUGGUGCUUAAAAAUUGAAAUAACAAAUAAAAGGAACCUGAAGCUUG